UUUCGAGCCCGGGAGCUGGCUGACGGCCAUCCAAAUUCGGACAGGGGUGCAAAAAGGAAUGCUAUUCUUGGAUACUGCCAUACCAGACAACGACUCGGCGCCCAGCAUCCUUUUUCGCUCUUCGAUGUGCAAGGGGUCGCGCGACGAAAGCAGGCUGGAGAAAUCGCAGCUGACGCUCGAGGUCUGUCCGCAGGGGAUUGUUAGAACCGACCGCCAGAGCUGGGAUCGAACGCUCAAUGCGCAGUUCCUGCCACUUCUCGAGUUUCUCUGUGCCUGGGAAUGGAGGGAGACUUUGCCGAAGAAAGACGUCGACACCGGUCCGCGCACGCAGAAAGACAGCAAGAAGGCAAUGUGGGGGAAGCGAAGGCUUUCCAAAAAGGAGCGGAAGACAAGGGCAAAAAAGCAGCAGAAGAGCGCGGGCCCCGCCAAAAAGAAAAGCGGCGAAACCCCGGAGCCAC